GUUUUCUACCAAGCUUCAGUUUGCUGUGAACCAUGAUGUCCUUCAAGACUUCACUUGGUCUGCUUCUCUUGGCAAUGUUGGCCAUGGUGGCUGAAUCCUCAUGGGGCAAUGGGGGUGGUAACUCUUACAAUUACGACCUCUCCAAAAUGUCUGAUCUAAGGAAACUAUACAACUCCAAAGUUUUCAAGGCAGAGAGGAUGACCAGACCUUUGGAGGGGAUGUCUUUCCAAGUAGGCAAAAUCAGCCACUCUGGAGUCAGAGUGACUCUAGAAGAUGGCACUAAAUGGCUGGUCCAUAAGGGAGAUGGCUAUGGCAUCUCAACUCAGACUGUUGUUGUGGAUGCCCGUCAUAUGAGCAGAAACUGGAAGAUUGUUGAGACAAAAGAUUUUCGUGGGAGCAAGACCGUGUCUGCUUUUGUGAAGGCUGGAGGAACAGAUUACAAACUUUUGUUCGAUAACUGCCAUGAUGCAGCCGGCCGGAUGAUGGAUGGUUAAAUUCAUAACUACGAUGUAAAUAUAUUACCAAGAGAGCAUCACUUUCAUAGCCUACUUUUUAUGAUUAAUUUGUUUCCUAAAUAAAUAACUUUUCAAAAGUU